AGUAUUUUUCCAGAACGUAAUUUGAACUUGACAAUGAAUCCCAUACUCUUUCUUGCAUCUCUACAUUUUUUGUUUUACGCUGCAUUUGCUAAUGCACAAAACCAAAAUGGAAAGAUUGUUGGUGGCACAAUUGCUGAACCAGGUUAAACUGGGGGAGCAUAACAGGCAAAUCACAGAUGAGUUUGAAGUGGAGAUAAAAGUGAAUGGAAUAUUCGAGCAUGAGGACUACAAUUCGUUCACAUUUGAAAAUGACAUCGCCAUAUUGCAGUUGGAAACUCCAGCUAACCUCACUGAAAGAAUCGGUCUCCUUCAACUUCCAGAAUUUGGAAAAACUUUUGAAGGCAAGAAGGAUCUGAUGUGCAAUAUUACUGGUUGGGGAACUACACAAGAGGGUGGUUCACUUGCCAGGGUUCUGGUGAAGGCAGAAGUCCCAAUUGUCACCAGAAUGGACUGUGAAGAUGCUUAUGGAUGGACCAACAUUUAUGAUGGAAUGCUGUGUGCAGGUUACUAUGCCCUUGGUGGAGUGGAUGCUUGUCAGAAAAGUAUGUGGGAAUUCGCCAGUCCACAAGAAAUUUUAUGGAAAUUUCCCGGUCCUCCGGCCCAAAAAAGGUUGGGGAACACUGCUCUGGAUGGAAUGCAACAGAAACUUUCGGAAACCCCCCGGAUCUCCUGCUGUUUAACGGCUGCCGGAAAGCGGGAAGCGAGGGAGAUUUGGUGCAGUGAUUUGCGAGUUAUUGUUCACGACGUGGCCGCCCAAGAUUUGCUGAGUGUGGAUCAACCGAAUUCUGAGGGGAAAGAUGGGCUACAACAACAACAACAGCAACUAAAGACUGCAGGAAAGGCACCUCAUCUUUCGAGUGGAGAGCAAAACUCAGCCAGG